AACCACUGUGCUGACUGAUUGACAACUCCACAGUGGACAAGAGAAACUCAAUAGACAAUUCGUGCAAUCACUUCGUACUGAUCUCUGUGGUAAUGGGGACUCUUGAAUGGGUUUUUAUUCUUUGUCUAGCCUCAAUAACGCGAAUCUUUUGCCAAGAGACAUGUGUUACUUUCCAAAGUGGCGUUUUUUCAAGUAACAAAAUGACGACAACAAGAGGAUUUAUGCACUGUGAGAUUAGUCUUCCCUGUACACAGACGGACGUUGUUAAGGUGAUGGCCUUGGAAAUAUACUCUCUACCCGCCACGCGUCUGGCAAGACUGGAUGAGACACAAAAAGUGGAUAUCACAGGGCUCGCAAGUACUCUCGACCUGGGAGGUAUGGGAAGCAUUAAAAGAAACGGCACUUCAGCUUUCUCAGUACAGUUUAACACGGACACAUUGAAGAAUGGCGACACCUUUCAGUGCAGGGCUGUCGUCAGAAGCAAAGGAAAUAAGGUUGUUAACAUUUCAGUUGAAACUAGUCUAGCGCUACCAAGUGUCUGCGCCACAGAGCCGACCCCGAUAAAAGCUCCGGUAUCCGAGCUCAAAGAUCUGAUUAUGGAUGUCAACCCACUGGACUACGAUCGGCAUCAGUACUACCUAUCUGAGAUUCGAGGACUUAGCAGCGAUAAGGCGAAUAAGUUCUGUGAGUCCCAAGGUGGUUACUUGGUCGAGAUUAACGACGAAGAUGAGUUUGUAGCAAUCGUCAAUUUCUUGAAGGACAAAAAUAUCGAUGACUAUGCCAGCGUUUACAUAGGAGGCACUGACGCCGCCGAGGAAUCAAAGUGGGUAUUUCAGCACAGCAACAAGGAAGUGGACUUCUUCAAAUGGGACGCAGGCGAACCUAACAAUCUGGGAGGCGAGGAUUGCAUGGUGCUGAGGAAUAUCCCAUCAGGCAUUGCUAUGAAUGACAUUUCGUGCAAGGGCAAGCUGGGGGCCCCGAUGUUUAUGUGUGAAUUUGAUCUCGCUGGAAAUGCUUAAAACCUAUUCAAUAAAAAUCGUCCAUCAAAUGGUUUAUAACAAAAAAUUGAAUUAAGAAGCGAAACAA